AUGUCCAAACGAUCUGUCAAUAACAGCACACUGGUUGGUAGUACUGAAAAUCCAAACAAAAAGAUGAAAGAAUCAACAAGACAACUCCUCCAAGAUAUUCCACCAGAAGUAUUGGUUGGUGAAUUGUUCAUAUUUAAUGAGGGAUGUGAAUUGAUAAAGAUGAGACGUGUAUGCAAGGGAUGGAAGUCUAUGAUUGAUAAUCAAGUAAAUUGGAAGGAUGUUGUCAAGAAUAGAUUGAACUUUCUGCCAAUUGAUGUACCAGAAUGUUUAUUGGAAACUUUUCCAAGUGAAAACGCAUUCUGGAAAGAAUAUUUCAUCUGUAAAAUUGCCUAUGGAAAGUAUUCGACAGUUCACGAAUGCAGACAAAAAGGACAUGUCAAUAUUUUAAAGGCAUUUAGUGAAAAUGCUAAGGAUUAUCAAAACUUGACCUUUUCUGUCGAGUCAAUUACUCAAGGGUAUUGUGAAAAGUUACAUCCAAAGUUUAAGAUAAUUAAAAAUGAUAUAGAUGAGGAGUAUGAAGAAGAAGAAGAAGAAACCGAAGAAGAAAAGGAAGUUGUAACACCUGAAUCACUUUAUUGGAAAGUUCCAUUAGAAUCAGUAACUUCUGGAUACUCUAUUGGAAAUGGAGACGAUUUAAUUGCAGUUGGAGAAUCAAAAAUUGGUGGAUGGCCUGAUUUACCAAAAAACUAUCAAUGGCCAACACUUUUUGAUAAGAAAUGGAUGUUUGGUUGUCAAAUCAACAUCAAACACUUGUCUUAUUAUGAUAGAACUGGAUCACUUCUUCCUAAAGAUAAUGGAAUGCUCUAUUUCUUUUGUGAUCCUAAUGGAGGAGGUAAUGGGUCCUAUUGUGCACCAAAGAGAUCUAGUUCACAACCAGUUCUUUACAUAACAGAAAAUCAAAUUAAAGAAAUGGGUGGAUUGGAGAGACAAGAAGGAAAUCGUACCUAUUGCAAUGCUGCCAAAAUGAAAUUCCAUUCAGUUCCUCACCAACCUAGAAUGACUGAAAGAGGAAAAGUUCCAAAUACUUUGAAAAUUGAAGAAUUUUCAACACCAUUCGAUGACAAGUUUACCUUUUUUAGCUUGUUUAGUUCUAUGGAUUUUGAUUCUGAUAUAGAAAUAAUAGAUGAGGAUGUAAAUGAUGAUCCAGUUGACUAUUCAUCUCAAUCAAAUUUACUUGUCAUUUAUUCUGGAGAGCAAGAAUUAAGAUCUGGAGAUCAAUAUUUAUGGGAAUGGGGAAUUCCAAAGCAAUUGAUUGGAAAACAUGAAUUUUUUGGAUGUGCCGUUACAAGUGGUGAUCCUUAAUAAACACUUGACCUGAUUUUCCAUAUU